GAUACGUGGCUGACCAAACACCACUCAGCCUCGCUCGAUGGUAAAGUGUUGCGGGAAUACAAAGCCAAGCAGCUUCAGCCUUCUUUCAAUUCUUCGCUGAUACGAACCGUGAUCAAUUCGUGCCAACCUUGCGGUGUCAUUGCUGACCUGUUUUUUGUCCUCUUCGCUUCCAUUCUCAGCUUAUACACAGUCAUUGUCAUUGUCAUUGCCUCUCUUCGCUCGCAACAUGAUUGUUCGUGCGAGGCCGUGGUGCUGGCGGCUUUAUAAGAUCAAUAUACUCCCACGUCCUAAGUUGCCUCUCUGCAAGCACACACACUGAGUACGAAGUACAAUACAACAGUGGACUGAUCGAAGUUCUUGUUUCAUUUCUUCACUGCCGUACCCCUAUUGCUUUCAGCCUAAUCAAUCACCCACUACUGAUCACUUACAGCUCGAGCUCCAGCACCAAGUCCAUUCUAUCAGCAUCAAUUUUCUAAUUCGAACACGACCUACAUCACAAUGCCCAAUAUACGCAGACAGUUCAACAUCUUCGCUGCCGUCAUCGGUACUAUGCUCAGCUGCGCCAUGCUCACACAAGCCGCGCCCCUCACUCGCCGCUCCGACUUUCCCGCAGCCAACCUACCGACUACGACUAGCAGUACGUCUGACAGUACAUCUGGCGGCGCUCCUUACCAGGGUGGUGAUACCUAUACCGGUCCCAGCGGCGACCCAGCUCCCAUCGCCCAGAUCUUCCCCAAUGAUACCUCCCAGUACAACACGGCGUCAGGAGCUGUCGACUUCCACACCUCGCAAGGUCUCGUCUACCGAUCGAUAACCGACGGUGGAGCCGACAUUACUACGCUUGUGACGUUCGAGCUGCCCGCUCAGUACAGCUCCAACUGGUGCCAGAUCGCUUUCGCCUUGGGGAACGCCGCCUCGUGGGCCACCGGAUCUCUGCAGGCCCAGCUAUUCACAUCGCUGGCGCCCGCCACCACUGACGCCAGUUCCUGGCCAUCAGGCAAUCUGCGGGACGUGGAUCUCGGAUCCAUAGACAUCGUCGUCGGUGGUGAGGCCAGCUUCCAAGCAGGGUCUGGUCCAGCGGCCGCGUCGGAUGGCUUUUUCCCGUGCAGUCUGAUUGCCGGUCAAGUUUACGGCGGCGAGAUCGUGCCUCAGGGCGACGCUGUCGAGAUCUCGUGGCCUGCUGGCGAGGACGGUAUCAAGAUCAUUGUUUACUAGAGGAGUUCAGAAGCUGUGAUUGAGCGUUGGCGGUUAUCGCAGAACAGAGGUCUGGUGGGUGUGAGAAAACCAGGGGAUCACAAUAGGAUCGGGCUAUCAAUUGACUAUCGACCUGACUGCAACUACACUGGUGGGUAGAGGGUGUGAUGGUGAAGACUUUUUCCACUUG